UUGAAACAUUGUACAUCCGAACCGCCACUUUGUUUCCACGCGCAGUAGAGUCCGUUUAAAACAGGUCGGAGCGACAUGGGUGUACGAGGUAACAGAAAACAUUUAAAAAGGUUAAAUGCCCCAAAACACUGGAUGUUGGAUAAGCUGGGGGGUAAUUUUGCCCCAAGACCCAGCACAGGUCCUCACAAAUUGAGAGAAUGUCUACCACUCUGUAUAUUCUUACGAAAUCGUCUGAAAUAUGCACUUACUUAUACAGAAUGCACGAAGAUAUUGGCCCAACGUCUGGUUAAAGUUGAUGGGAGAGUGCGCACUGAUAAGAAGUAUCCUGCGGGAUUCAUGGAUGUUAUCACCAUAGAAAAAACAAACGAGCACUUUCGCCUUAUUUACGACACCAAAGGCAGGUUUGCUAUUCAACGCAUCCAUCCUGAUGAGGCUAAGUAUAAACUCUGUAAAGUAAAGAAAGUCCUUGUCGGCCACGGAGGAGUACCAUACAUUGUGACCCAUGACGCCAGAACCAUUCGAUAUCCAGAUCCAAAUAUCAAGCCUAAUGACACAAUCCAGGUGGACAUCGCUACGGGAAAAGUUCUAAACCAUAUUAAAUUUGAACCAGGCAACAUGUGUAUGGUUACGGGUGGACGUAACUUGGGACGAGUUGGAACUAUUACUCAAUGGGAACGUCAUCCUGGUUCUGUUGAAAUGGUUCACGUGCGCGAUAGCACAGGACAUCAGUUCGUCACUCGCCUAAACAAUAUCUUCAUCAUUGGAAAGUCAAACAAACCAUGGAUUUCUCUACCGAAAAACAGGGGUAUCAGAUUGUCUAUUAUUGAAGAGCGCGAUAAGCGAAUACGAGCAAGACGCCUUGCUCACUAAUUUGCAAUAAACUUAGUUCGGAA